CAUGCUUCCACUGCGCUCUCCCCAGUGACAGUUGUCCGGUUACUGGGGUCCUUCAGGGCUCCCCAGGUGAACACAAGGAUCACACCGAUAAAAGCCGGAGCAAGGGGGAUGACUGAAAGAAGUUGUGUGAUCCAGAAAAUCCAGCGGUUCUGACGGCGCUGUUCCAAGAGGCACAGUCGUCCAAAAACAAUAUGAUGUCUGCUAUAGAGACUGGUGCCCCUGUGUACCAACCUGCACAGCUGCUCAACUGGGUCUAUAUGUCUUUGCAAGACACUCAGAGCAGCACUUUUGAUGCGUUCAAAGCCGACUCGGACUCGUCUCCUCAGGACAUGAACAUCUCCAAACGCAGCGCAGCUGAUCUGAGCGCCAACUAUCUCAACAACUUCUUCCAUCUGAGGAGUGAGGCCUUGAACAACAACUUCUACAAGAGCUCCUCGCCCUAUGGGUCGCUCAACAAUAUCGUGGAUGGCCUGAGCUCUCUGGCGGACCAUUUCUCAGACUUCUCCCUGUCCCCCGAGACACGUAAACCCAGCAAAAGGCCACCGCCCAACUACUUGUGCCACCUUUGCUUCAACAAAGGCCACUACAUCAAAGAUUGCCCUCAGGCUCGACCAAAAGGCGAAGGCCUGACACCGUAUCAGGGAAAAAAGAGGUGUUUCGGGGAAUAUAAAUGCCCUAAAUGCAAGAGGAAGUGGAUGAGCGGGAACUCCUGGGCCAACAUGGGACAAGAAUGUAUCAAGUGCCACAUCAACGUUUACCCUCAUAAGCAGCGACCUCUGGAGAAACCGGACGGGCUGGAUGUAUCGGACCAGAGCAAGGAGCACCCACAACACCUGUGUGAAAAAUGCAAAGUCCUCGGCUACUACUGCCGCCGCGUGCAAUAACACACUCCACUCACCUUACGUACUCCUCUGAAGUUUUAUCAAAAAGGGACAGCUAUAUUUGAAUUACUAAAACAAAUACAUGAUAAUAAUUAACUUUAUUGUGCUGUUGUGCAUCUAGCGGUUUAUUCUCACGACAUAUUCUCUUCGACACUGUGACUCUCAGUAUAAGAGGCUCAUUUUAUUUGAUUAUUUUUUACAGUAUCUCUCAGUGGGCACGAGUACUUUUGCAUUUGCUGGGUUCUUUUAACGUACUCAGUUAUCAUUAUGUGAAUAUUCAUUUGAAGUCUUAACUAUGAAUCUUACCAACUGUGAAUUAGGAAACUUUAGCUCUGCGUCUGUCUUCACUCAUGUCCAACGUGUUGGAACAAAAGUGGAGUUUCCAGAUUAAGAAGAUUCUCUUUUACAUGUUUGUAUAUUCCAGAAAUAACUUAAAUGAGAAGAAGUUUUCUGUAUAAAAUAUGCGACGAGUCUUUACUAAGAAGGGUAUGCAGUAUUAGUGUGUAUCUGCAUUAUUAUUAUUAUUAUUAUCUGUAUUAUCAGUACUGGAGGGUGCAUCAUUUUGAAUAUAUUUUUAAGACAUUACUGUUUUUUGAUUAUUACACUUUGUGAAAGAAUAUAUAUUAGCCAAUUAACAUUUAUUCUUUAUAAGUAUUUGCUUGUAUUUCUGAGAAGACGUUUUAGCAAGUUUGUCAUUCCAAAUUUUAAAGCAAUGCAAUACGAUAGAACAACAGAUGAAAUUACAGCAGUGAUAUUUUGGUGCUAAGAAAGAUUCACCAAAGUGCUUUUUUAUGGGUCAAAGGUCAUAAUGUCUUAUAUGUAACAUGAGACAGAAAAAGGAGUAAAAAUCUAAACGUACCAAAGAUCAUGAAGGAUUUAGCGGGCGGUUGAAAGUUGACUUGGCGUUUUGUAUUAAAUGAAAUAAGUGAAUUUUUUGCUUUAACUGUUAAAGAUUUAAUGUGCCUUAGUUUGACCCGUGAGGUUUAUCUCCUAAAAUGUUUUUGUAUUAAAAUGUAUUUAAACCCGUCCCUGGUUUCUUUAGCGUUCUUCAAAACGGUUCUCGUCUCUCGUAACGAUAUGAAAAUUGUUUUUAAUAUACCCGCGUGUCAAGUGUGGAUUUAGGGAGGGUGUGAUGUGAAAGUCCACACGGAGCCGAGUAGCUGAUACAAAUCUAACCGUCUUCAACAUUAACGGAUCCAGAUGUUACACAUUUUAAUCUCCCCACAACAUAAAACACAAUCUCCAUCUCUCUUAAUAUCUUUCCAGCAUCUGGUAAAAUGUACUUA